AUGUCGAAUGAAACAAAUACAUUAACCGAUACAAUUGUUGAUGAUGAUAAAAGUUCUAUUUUAAAAAAUGAACAAACAGAAACAUCAACAAAUGGUAUGUUUCAUUCAAAUGGAACUAAUCAAACUGAACAACAACAACAACAACAACAACAACAGCAACAACAAAAUGAUUCAACAAAAAAUACUUAUGAGAAUAAUGAACAACAAACAUAUAAUAAAAAUGAUUUAGAACCAGAAUCUCUUCGAAAAGUUUUUAUUGGUGGACUUUCAUAUAAAACUGAUGAUCAAGUUUUUAAAGAUUAUUUUUCAAAAUAUGGAGAUAUUGUUGAUUGUAUUAUAAUGCGUGAUCGUGAAGGUCGAUCUCGAGGUUUUGGUUUUGUUACUUAUGCCUCAUCAACAAUGGUCGAUCGUUUAAUGGCAGGUCGUCCACAUGUUCUUGAUUCACGUGAAAUUGAACCAAAACGAGCUGUACCAAGAGAAGAAAGUGGAAAACCAGAAUCAGCGUUAAGUGCUAAAAAAUUAUUUGUUGGUGGUAUUCGAGAAGGAACAAUCAAUGAACAUGAUCUCAAUGAAUAUUUUUCCAAAUAUGGUAAUAUUAUUGAUGCUGUUAUUAUGAAAACAAAUGAAGGAAAAUUACGUGGCUUUGGAUUUGUUGAAUUUGAUGAUUAUGAUCCAGUAGAUAAAAUUGUAUUAGAAAAACAUCAUGUUAUCAAAGGAAAUCCUGUUAAUGUUGAAAAAGCUUUACCAAAAGAUCAAACAAAUCGUGGUCGAAUGGCUGCAGGAAACUACGGUGGACAAGGUGGUGGUGGCGGUGGUGGUGGUGGCAUGCGUGGACCAUCAUCAAGAAUGAGUAGUGGUGGUUGGGGACCUAUGGGUGGUGAAUCAAAUUUUGGUGGAGGUGGUAGUGGUGGUGGCAGUGGUGGUUAUCGAUCUGGUGGUGGCGGCGGUGGCGGUGGUGGCUAUGGAGCCGGAGGAGAUUAUGGUAAUCGAGCUGCACCGUAUAGUGGUGGUUAUGGUGGUGAUAUGGGACGAGGAGGUGGUGGUGGAAUGAUGGGUUAUGGUGGUUCAGCACCUAUGGGUGGUGGAGGAGGCGGAGGAGGAUAUGGAAUGGGAGGACCACCUCAAGGAGGAUAUGACGAUGGUUUUGGAGCCUUUGGAGCACCAUCUAGUUUCGGUUUCGGUCAAAAUUAUGGAUCAUCAUCAGGUGGUGGUCCAAUGCGACGUGGUGGAGGUGGUGGCCGAGGCGGAGGAGGUGGUGGUGCACCUUAUGGCCGUGGAGGUGGUCGCGGAGGUGGUGGUGGCUAUCGUGGUCGCAAUUGA